UAGUGUAAUAUUGGGCAUUCUAGAUCACUCUCAGUCGCUUCGCUCCUUCGCUCGCUUCGCUCGCCGUGAUCCAGAAUGCCCAAUCGGUUUUACGUUCGAUAUCUAAUAAUUGUCUCUUCCGUUGACUUACUAAAUGAUCUUAUUCAUAUACAGGGUGCUUUUAACUUUACAUUACUUUGAAUAUGUAUUUAACUUUACUAUGAAACAGCUCUUUUAUUUUUCCUGAUUUCAGAGUUGGUUCCCAUAAUUAAAGUUAUACAAGUAUGACCUAUGUACAUUCACCUGCCAACGGGGUGACCACUAAUAAACAAGCAUUCUGUAUUUAACAUAACUAAAUACACUGGGUUACAUUACUGCCUUAUUUCCAACAGCAAAUAUAUGGUUAUAGGGCACCAUGAUGAUGCUAGUAUUAAAAAUAUACCAAAAUUACUCACCAAUAUAAAUUUUUAUUCACGCCGCAACACACAUCACAUAACACACAUUUUUUUUUUUUUUUUAUUUUUUUUAGGUAGGGGGAAAAUCCAUCAUGGACACCUGGGAAGUGAAGACCCAGGUAGUGCCGGACUCUUACCGGCUAAAAACCCCCUACCGAUAUUUGGGAGGUGCUUAGACUAUCAAACUAAGCCAGACCUCAGGAGUUUCGGGAGGUGCUUAGACUGUCAAACUAAACCAGACCUCAGGAUUUUCGGGAGGUGUUUAGACUGUCAAACUAAACCAGACCUCAGGAUUUUCGGGAGGUGCUUAGACUAUCAAACUAAGCCAGACCUCAGGAGUUUCGGAAGGUGCUUAGACUAUCAAACUAAGCCAGACCUCGGGAUUUUCGGGAGGUGCUUAGACUAUCAAACUAAGCCAGACCUCGGGAUUUUCGGGAGGUGUUUAGACUGUCAAACUAAACCAGACCUCAGGAUUUUCGGGAGGUGCUUAGACUAUCAAACUAAGCCAGACCUCAGGAGUUUCGGGAGGUGCUUAGACUAUCAAACUAAGCCAGACCUCGGGAUUUUCGGGAGGUGCUUAGACUAUCAAACUAAGCCAGACCUCAGGAGUUUCGGGAGGUGCUUAGACUAUCAAACUAAGCCAGACCUCGGGAUUUUCGGGAGGUGCUUAGACUAUCAAACUAAGCCGGACCUCAGGAGUCACCACAUGACGUGUCGCGGAUCGCGGUCAUAUGUUAAUUAACAACUUCACUGUGGUAUUCGUGGGUGGUUGUAGUGAACUCGCUCCACUAAAAGAUAAACUUUGUUAUAAUAUAUUUAUAAUCUACUUUAAAAUACGAUGAACCUGUAAUGCAAACAAUGCAAUAAACCUGUAUUUUUUAUAUAUAAAUUAAAGAUUUCUACAUUAAUUCUUAAUUUGAACAGUAUAGAAGCUAUUUAUUUUUAUUUGAAUUUAUAUAUUAAACUAAUCAUAGCAAAACUUUAGGAACAGGGAGAAAAGUAUGUACCUUCACGAGAAAGGUACCCAUUUCACUACCUAGACUAAAUAAAAAAUACAUCUAGUAGUUUUGUAUCAAUGUAAAAAGUAUUUUAACACAGAGAUAAACUGGAUUAUGAUAAUAAUAGCUUCACAUAGUAGCGCACUGACUGGAACAUUGCCCUGCAUUGCAAUAUAAUGUAGUGCUUGCAUUUUGUUGAUGUGCUAUUCUGGUCAGAAUUACAAUCUUGUUUCGGAAAUACAACGAAGUUUUUUAUGCAGCAAUUUGAAUCGUACAAUUUCAGAAGAGAUAAAUCAUACUAGUAGUAGAUACCUCGUUUUAUCUCAAAUAAACUAUUAUGCAUGUUAUAAGCUGUGGACAGUAAUCUCCGAAGGGGUACUCAGAGGUGACUCGCAAGCGACCCACCCGUUUUUUCGGUGUACAUUUGUAUACUCAAAUGAUAGGUCGCGAGCAGUAUCGCAGUUUUAGAAUGUGUACAAUGUACUUAGAGUACACAUCUCUAGGAUCUACAUGUGCACUGCAUUGUGCAGGUGUCCUCACGAUGUUUUCCUUCACCGUAGUACCACUUUUUAUCAGUGAACUUAAAUUCAUUAAUUGAAAAGAUUGAAUUUGGUUCGGGCGUGUGCCCGGAUUCGAACCACAACCUCUAGAAUGAGAGGCAUAGAGCUAAUCCGUUAUGCUACCAUAGGUCAAAUACACUGUACUGGCACAUAAUCAGAAAUAGGUAAGUACAUCAUUUUUAUUACAAACAUGAUUAUUUUAUAAAAUUAAUUAUAUCCAAUCACAAGCAAAUCCAAAUGAACUACUAGUGUUGACUAAAUAUCGUAUUACAAUUUAAAAGAAACUUAAUCAGAGUCAUCAUUUCAUUUCCCAUAAUUUUGGUAAAAUGCUAACUUGCAGUAUACAUGAUCAACUUUUCUUUGUGUGAGUGAAAAUAAUCAUAUCGAUCGAUUGAUUUAAAUUUGACGGAAAUCAAAAGAAAAAUUAUAUUUCAUCAGCGAAGUGCACAGUGAUCGGUGCUCGACGUCUUCCCUCUCCAUUACCUACCAGUUACGAGAAAAAAUGUACGUAAGUUAUAUUUUCAUAAUCUCUGAUUUUUACCAUUGACGCAAAAAGUGGGUGAUAUGUGUUUGAAACCGCUGUCUGUCUGUCACAUCGGUCAACAAAUUUUAGUACGUUUAUUUUUAUUCAAGUCAAGAAGUUCAAAAGUUUUUGAGACUUUUAGCGUUGAAUUUCGGGUUCUAACGUGGUUAGCCUAUUAUUAUGAUCUACCAAUAAGUACUCAAGAUUUGAUUGAAUGUAAACACGAUGUCUCUUCUUUAUUGCAGGUCUGACGGUGAGGGAUUUUAUUCUUCCGAGGAAGAACUGCCACGGCGUCGUCCCGUGAAGCCUGCAGCGCUGAGCGCCGCGCCGAGCACGUCUACUGCUCCCGCCCCAACUCCAUCCGGCUCAAGGAAGCGGAAGACUAAAGCUUCCGAAUCCGCUUCCGAAAGUAGAGCAGCAAUCAAUAAGGGCAAACAAAAAAUUGACCUGGCGACAUACAAUCGUCGCAAAGCAACUGUGGCGGCGCUGUUCGGUGGGUCGGAUGACGAGGCGGAGGCUGCAGCGGCACUGAACAACCCGAUUCAAGAGCUGGAGAGCAGCUUAACCCGAAAAGUUGGGGAUGGGUCGUUGCGGCGAACCGCAAAAUUAGACGGAAGCCUGUUCUGCGAACUUCGUGUUUACGAAGUUCGCGAUAUUAAAAACAUAUCCCCACGGGACCGGUGGACCAAAGCGUACACCAGUCUUAAGUAUCAAUUCGAUUAUGAUAGUCCGGAAUGGACUAACAUAAUUGAUUUUAUUCGGGUUGCGAAGACCCGAUUUACACAGGAGCCAAUAUACUAUCCGAAUAAGAAGUAAAUCUUAGUUGGAUAGUAUAUGUUUCAGAAAAUCGAAUUAAAGUUAAUCGUCUUUAAAAAUAAAAACUACAAAAUAUGUUUAAAUUAUUAAAUAUUGUUCGUUGCUAAUUUAUUUAAUUUAAAUAUUAAUUAAAUUUUACCUUACAUAUUUUACAGAUACCUAAUAUUUUUUAUCGAUGAUUAACUUUAUUUAGGCUUUCUGAAACCGGCACCUAACUAGGUUAUAGCGGUAUACCAAAUACCUUAUUUUUAACUACUUUAUCUUACUGAAAAUAUAUAAUAAAAUAUAAUAUAACUUAAUAAGUAAAGUGUUAAUUAUUGACUUAUUCAACAAUGGUUAACCCCAGUAAAAAUAUUUUCUGCUCAGUGUGCGAACAAUUAGUAAAAAGUAAAGCCUUUUCAGCUCACUUAAAAAGCAUAGCUCAUAAAAAUAAUACCCGAGUUGAAGCGGAGGAGUGUAUAGAAAAAAUUAAUUCAGCAUUUCGUUCACGAAUUGCUUCGUAUCGAGUGUACGAUUCCCGCAGAACCAAACAUCCCGCCCCCGUGCCCGCAGCCCGCCCCGGGCGUGCGCAAGCGCAGGUGUGUGCUCCUGAAAGCCACCCUGUAAUGCCGGCACCGUUUUUGCGUGUCAUCGCUGGUAAAGUUCAGCGACUAUUGAAUGCGGCUCUUGCUACGCAUCAAAGUGUUAAAAUUAACUUUGAACUAUUUGCAAAUUUUUAUCUACCUAAAAAUGAUACUUCCGAGGUUAAGUCUUUUGCCACUGAAAAUAGGUGCAUCCACAGCAAUUAUGAUUUCAAAACUAUAUUCAAUGAGAUGUGCGACGUAAUUCUAAAAAAAGUUGACGAGUUCCAGGAACGCGAUAGUGGGUGGUCAUUGCUUGAUACACUUUAUUUAGAGGUAAAUAUUAAUAAAUAUAUUCCUCUUCGUGCGUCUGGCUUUAUUGAUCUACCAAAAAGCAUAAAAAGUAAGAAAGCUUGCAUCAAUGUGAACAAUAAUGAUAGUUUUUGUUUUCUUUGGUGCAUAAUGGCAGCUCUUUUUCCGGCGAAAUGUAACGCAAACCGAACAAAAUCAUAUCCACAUUUUUGUACCGUUCUAAAUACGCAUGGAAUGACAUUUCCAGUCAGCUUUACCGACAUAAAAUUAUUUGAAAAAAAUAAUAAAAUUAGUGUCAACGUUUAUGGGUUAAAAAAAUGUAAUGUUGUUGGCCCGCUAUACAAGUCAAGUGCCCGCCAAGCGGUUCACGUAAAUCUUUUAUUGCUUGAAAAUAAGAAUACGUUACAUUAUUGUUUAAUAAAAGAUUUGAAUAAACUCUUACGUUCGCAAUUAACCAAACACCAUGGAAAAGUUUACUUUUGCGAUGAGUGUUUGAUAUGUUUUGAUUCCGAGGAACGAUUGACCUUGCAUAGUUGUGGAGGCGUCGCGACAGUUCUGCCGACUGAAGGCGCAAUACUCGAGUUUAAGCACUACGAACGCUUACAAAAAAUGCCUUUUGUUAUUUAUGCUGAUUUUGAAACUUUGUUGGAGCCGUGUUCAACAAUACCAGAUUCGAAUCAUACACAAAUUACUCACAAGCAUAUACCGAGUGCUUUUUCUUAUUACAUAACUUGUUCAUACGAUAAUAAUUUCAAUAAAUUAAUGUUUUAUCGCGGUAAAGAUUGUGUCGAUAUGUUUAUAAGUUUUCUUCAAAAUGAUAUAACAGAAAUUUAUAAAGUCCUCUCUAGACCUAUAGCACUUGUAAUGACUGACACGGAUCAAUUAAAUUUUGAUACGUCACAUCAAUGCUGUAUAUGUGAGAAACCGUUAGUAGAAGACCGAGUGAGGGAUCACUGUCACUUAACAGGUAAAAUUAAGGUUAUAGCAAGAAACAAGGAAAACUACAUAUCGUUUACUAAAAUAUUUCAAAUGACAGAUUCAGAAAAUAUUGCUAUUUCUCUAGUGAAUUAUAUUGCAACCAAAAAUCUUGGAAAUCCCAAAUAUGUAGUGAAAAUGGAAAUAUGUAAAAUUGUACAAACAUCAAACAUAGCUGAAGUGAAAACAGUAAUAAAAACACAAUAUUUGGUACAGGACAUAGUCGUUGAACAAUGA